AUGGUUCGUACGCUAAACUGCAUCGUCGCUGUGUCCCAAAACGUGGGCACUGGCAAGAACGGGGACCUGCCCUGGCCCCCACUCAGGAAUGAAUUCAAGUAUUUCCAAAAAAUGACCACAACCUCUUCAGCAGAAGGUAAACAGAAUCUGGUGAUUAGGGAUAGGAAGACCUGGCUCUCCAUUCCUGAAAAGAAUCGACCUUUAAAGGAUAGAAUUAAUGUAGUUCUUAGUAGAGAACUCAAGGAACCUCCACAAGGAGCUCAUUUUGUUGCUAAAAGUCUGGAUGAUGCCUUAAAACUUAUCGAGCAACCAGAAUUAGCACAUAAAGUAGACAUGGUUUGGAUAGUGGGAGGCAGUUCUGUUUAUAAGGAAGCCAUGAAUCAACCAGGCCAUCUUAAACUGUUUGUGACAAGGAUCAUGCAGGACUUUGAAAGUGACACAUUUUUUCCAGAAAUUGAUUUGAAGAAAUACAAACUUCUCUCAGAAUACCCAGGUGUUCUUUCUGAUGUCCAGGAGGAGAAAGGCAUUAAGUACAAAUUUGAAGUAUAUGAAAAGAAUGAUUAAUAUCUUCAGUGUUUUCUGAUUUAUUUCAAGUUGUUGCCCCCCUCUCUAAAAAAAUUAUACAUUUUUACAUUAGAAGAAAAGACUUGUCGACUUUAGAUCUAGGGAUAAUUAUUUCUAAGCAUGUUUUUAUUCCCCAUUAUUCUUAAUUAGACUAUAUCAAAUACCAUUUGUGAAACAUUUCU